GGCGGCGCCGCCUCGCCCAUUGUCUCGGCUCGGGGAGACGCGGAGCCUCCCGGAACCCUCGGAGAUGCCGAGCAAGGCCAGGAAGCAGAACCAGGUGUGGCGCAAGACGGUGCUGCGGAAGUGGCUCAACAUCAGGUCCUCGGAUUCCGACUUCAGCGCCGACGAGGGCGACACCGCCGACGAGGCCGACAGCGAGUCAGAGUAUGAAGAGAUGUGCGGAUGGGAGAGGCUGGAAUAUGACCAAGACAGGAAAUUACGUGGAUUGGGUGCCCAGACAACAGACAGCCAAAUGGGGGGCGUUCCAUACGGAUUUAAUCGAAGGCGCAAAUCAGAGACUCUUCGUGCUCAAUAUAUUGAUGUCAACGAACUAAGGGUCUGCGUAGGAACAUGGAAUGUUGCAGGGAAAGUUCCACCUCAAGAUUUGGAUAUUCAAGAAUGGUUGGAUAUGAAGGAGCCAGCUGAUAUAUAUGUUCUUGGAUUUCAAGAAGUUGUUCCACUAAAUGCUGGGAAUAUAUUUGGUGCCGAAGACAACCGCCCCGUUUCAAUGUGGGAACAUAUCAUUCGUGAAACACUGAAUAAGAUUAGUCCAGAUAAACCAAAAUAUAAAUGUCACAGUGAUCCUCCAUCUCCAUCAAGGUUUAAGCCAUCUGGUGACACUCUUGCGAUGGAAGAUGAGCUUAACAGCGAUUCUGACAGCGAAAUCGGUGGGGAAGUGCACCCAUGGGACGAACAAGAUUUAGUUGUUGAUGAUGAUAUUCAGAGCAACACACAUGAAAACUCCACUUCUGCUCCUGAUGAAACUAUUCUACGAGACGACAACUUUAGCAGGUUGCCUUCACUGAAGACUUUCAAUCGAUCUCAUAACAUCAGUUUCAAAGAUUACACAUCUCAUUUAGAAGAGCCUGUCAACCAAAAGAUGUUAACCAAAACACUGAGUCACUCAGAGAGGCUUGGAUUGAUUUGGCCAGAACCGCCAUUGGAUAUGUUGGCUCAGUGUCUUCCGGCCAGCACACAGUCACUUCCUUCAGGGAAGGCGCUAAAAACAUAUUUGUCUUUCAAAUCAGUUGAUGGAGAUGCAUGUGCUUUUCCGGAGGAUAGUAUACUUCAUGGUUUAAACAUUGACAGUGUCGUAGCUAAAGGGAAAAGACCAUACUUUGUAAGGAUAAUAAGCAAGCAGAUGGUUGGAGUAUUUCUUACAAUAUGGGUACGAAGAAGCCUGCGGAAGCACAUUCAGAAUGUGAAAGUAUCAACUGUAGGAGUAGGUGCUAUGGGCUACAUUGGGAACAAGGGAUCAAUAGCAGUAAGCAUGUCGAUUUAUCAGACACAGUUUUGCUUUAUUUGUUGCCACCUGACCUCUGGAGAAAAGGACGGGGAUGAGCAAAAAAGGAAUGCUGAUGUGCAAGAGAUCCAUCGAAGGACAAUAUUUAAUCCAGUUUCCAGAGCGGGCACGCCUAAGACAAUAUAUGACCACGAGAGGAUUUUCUGGUUAGGGGAUCUCAACUAUAGGAUAAACUUAUCAUACGAAAGAACACAUGAAUUCAUCUCCAACCAUGACUGGAAUGGGUUAUUCGAGAAAGACCAGCUAAGAUUAGAACUGAGGAAAGGACGUGUAUUUGAUGGGUGGUCCGAAGGAGUUAUCAGCUUUGCUCCAACAUACAAGUACAAGUUUAACUCGAAGAAGUACAUAAGUGAUGAGCCAAAAUCUGGGAGGAGGACACCUGCAUGGUGCGACCGUAUUCUUUCCUAUGGCAAGGGAAUGAGGUUGUUGUCCUAUGAGACGGUUGAUAUGAGGCUAUCUGAUCACCGCCCCGUUAAAGCCGUGUACACGGUGGAUAUUGAGGUUUUCAGUCCCAAAAAGUUGCAGAGAGCUCUCACCUUCACCGAUGCAGAGGUUGAGGAUCGACUCUCCUCUGAGGACGAAUGCAUCGCCGGAAUUUACAGUCUUGGACUGUCAUAACUUUAAGGUUAACCUUUGGGCCGUUUGUGUAGUGAGGUUGGUGCUUUUGUAAAGUCCCUCAACCCCGAGAUACAGAUGCGGCUGCUUAACCCUUGUCCAGCCAUGGCCUCUUCGCUAUCAGCUGAGACCAGCUGGGGGUAGGUAGUCAUGUACUUUGCAUCCAUGCAUCCUCUGACCAUAUUAUGAAACCAGGGUGUGCCAUGAUGCAUCUCGUUGUUUCCUUGUCAUGUGCAGGAGUUAGUGAGGUUGAUGCCCUCUAUAUGAUCUACACCACUUGUAAUUAACAGUUGAACACCGUAAACUUCCAGGCAUUUUUUUUGAGUGGUCCAGGCAGAUAUUUUCCUUGUCAA